AUGCCGGACGACGGUGUGACGCCAUCGCUGUUGGCCUUGCUGAAUGGUCCGAUCGAUCGGCGCAGCCAGGAGAGGCAAAUCUACUGGGCCGGGCCGCAGGGCAGCAACUACAUCUACAAGGUGGUCGAGGAAUCCAACUUUGAGGGAUCUUUCAGAGGAUUUACCAUCCUACCUUCAGGCAUGUUGGAAACUUUCAUCGAGGUGGGGGCCUUGGAGAAAUCCAGCGCCAGCAUCACAGAGAUUCUGAACGCAGAGGUCCGUGACCGUUGGACCGUGGCGGGUGGCAAGGGGGAGACCUUGCAAGAUGCGCAGACAGCGCAGCUGGCAGAUAAACAGCGACUGAAGUGGUUUAGCA